CACAAAUACAAUGAUCUCAGAAACUGGGAACGACAAUCUGAAGGAAGACUAUCUCAAAGCCGAAGCAAGCUAUUUCCCAGACUCCCCCGUCUCCUCUUCUCCCGAAGCCGGGCAGCUGAGCAGGAGGCGGGACACCCAGACCACCAGCGGCAGCAUCAUCCCGGAGGAGAGCGGCAGCAUCCAGCCUCUGGUCUCCUCAGCCGCGGCCGCUUCCAGCAUCAUGACAUCGGGGGAGUUCAUGCAGACCGCUCCCCUGCUGGCGCACAAAUCCAAGAGGAGCCUGCUCUACAAGGCGCUGUGCUUCCUCCUGCUCGUCUUCCAGGGCGGCAUACUGGACUUCUACCUCAUCAUCUUCACCGACCUGUACUGGUGCUCAUGGAUCGCCACGGAUCUGGUGGUGAUCUCGGGCUGGGGGAUUUUCUUCAUGAAGAACGCGCGGAGCAAGAGGGAGCGGGCCUGCGGCUUCCACCAGAAGAGCUCCAUCUUCGGCUGCAACCUCGGGGAGUUCACAUACGCCUACCUGGCCUGGCUCAUAUAUGUCAUCGCCUGCACUCCCAAGGUGGUGCUCAUCCUGGAGACGUCUAUUCUGGACCUGAUCGAGCUCAAAGUACCGUGCGGAGUGACCGGGUUCAAGAUCAUCAUGCUGCUGUCCGCGCCGCUGCUCUUCUGCCUCAUCAACUCCAUCAUCGAGGAUCUGAACGGGGCUACGCGGCACCACUCCCAGAGCUGCUUCCUGAGCACCUGCCUGGACUUGCUGGACAGCUUCACGCUGGUGGAGAUGCUGCUGAGGAGCGAGAUUCCCACGAUGUACCUAAAGUACACCGUCAUCUCGGUGUAUUUCGUGGCUCUGGCCGUGCCGGUGAUCUGGCUGUACGAGCUCACCGCGUCCGAGCUGCGCUUCCGGUGGCUGUGGGCCCGCUUCUGUGCGAGCCUGGUGGUCAACGCCCCCCUGCUGGUAGUCAGGUGUUUCCAGGUCUACGUCUACGGGAUGCCGGUGUCGGUGUUCAUGUUCAAAAACAUCUUCUUCUUAGUGUGUAGAUUUUUGGAGCUGGUGGAGCAGUGUGUGGCGGUGCGCGGGGUUCGGAAGCUGGCUGGAGGCAGCAACCCGGCCCAGUUCUCCCACUGCGUGUCCGAGAACGAUAUGUGUCCGCACGGAUACGUCAACACCCUGGCUGUCACCCAGUCCUAGAGCCAGGACAGAGGCCAGGAGCUGCCCUGCGUUCAAGACAAAGCUGGAAAUGGGAAAAUCCACUUUCAAACUCAGCUCCUGAUUGGGUUUUUGGAUAAGAGAUGAUUUGAAAAACAAUAUCACAACAAACCUACUUGAAAGGUAUUUAGACAACAAUUUAUCAUUACACGAAACAGGAAAAGGGUGCUUUGUAAAAUGAUAUAACAAAACAAUAGGAGAAAGUAGAACUAUUAAUCCAUAUAGGCUAUACUUAAUGAGUCACUUUACCCCAGUUAAAAAAAUACUUAUUUUCUCAUUUAUAUUCAGGGGCCCACAUUGUACUAUAGUUGUAGUGAAAAGAACAUCUUAGUAAUACUCACAACAUUAAAAAUGUAAUUUGUCCUCCCACAAACACCUUCCAUGUUACACUGGAGUGGAGAAUACAAAAACAAAACUGGAGGCAUUUUUCAUUUUCAGUGUUUAUUACAAAGAAAUGAUCACAUUUCUGAAAAGAGAUGUGGCUUUUUUGACAUAAUGUCAUUAUGAUUUGUUUCAUAUUUGUCAAUACUAUACCUAGCUUUUUGACAUAUGAAACCUCGAAAUGCAUCCAUUGAUAUUUUUCUAAUUCCAGUAUAAAAUAACACUAUAUGUUGUAUGUUAGAAGGCUCCCAAGAUACCCUAAUGCACGUUCACUAGCACUGAAAUAGAGUUAUUCAUGAUAUGACCCCUUUAAAUGGAAAUAAAUAUGACAUGGCUUGAAUUGGGUAUAUAGCUGCAACCCUGUAUACGAUUUCACAUCAAAUGACCACAAAAUAAAGCAACUGACAGGACCUGAGGCGUUUGGGGAUUUUACUUAUCCCACCCAAUAACCACAUUGUAGUUAUGAGGAAUACACAGAUUAAUAACUAUAGGCAAAACACUUUUUCAGAGCAGUUCAAUUUUGUUUACAGGGUUUUUUGCCACAAUGUUGGAUACUUUGGAACCUUUGAUCCGCCUGAUCUUUUUGAAAUUUGUACUUGGAACAUUUCACGACAGGAGAAUGGAUUUUCCGAUUUUUGGACAUGUCUGGAACACUUCAUCUGUACCAGCCUUACAGUGCUCCCCGUACAGACCAGUCUACAGGUGCUAUAGUCAAACCCAAAACCUGCAAUAGCCUACAACAAACAGAGAAACAACUUUAGUGAAUUGGACCUUGUUGAGUUGUGUGUUUUCUGUCUGUGAGUUUCACCGCUGCACUUGAAUGGAGACGGCAGAUGGACUUGGUGUCGUGUUAGGACGUAAAGUGCAAUUUGUAGAAUCUUCUGGACUGAUUUACCAGGACUCCCUCCUUGUACACCAGUGUUUUGUAUUGGUAGAAGUAUUACUGAGAGUAGACACAUGUGUUAGAUCCAACAGUGCCAUGACAAACAGGUUUUCUACAGCUUUUUAAAAAUUGACCCCUGGCCAGCAGGACUCUCUGUUGGCACCACUGGCUGUGCUACUGUUUUACUACUUUCAUUUCUGGGAUCAGAAGUCCUCAAAGAUCACUGUUCACUUCAACAUCCCUCAUUUAAAGAGCCUCUGGGUCACCUAAGGGCACAGCUCCUAAUUUCCUUUAGAAACACACCUGUGAGUCAUGUCUGGGAAUAUAAAUAUUAGUGUUCCUGUCUUAGUACUAUAUGGAAUCCCAUUCCUCCCAAGAAAUUCCGUUAAAUAUAAGAAAUUGGAAUCCCUCUUUUUUAUGUCCAGUACCUCUAAGAUUACAGGAAGAAAAACAAAGUGCUCCUUUGUAAAUUGUCAUAUACACUGUUGGCGAAUGUUUUAUUAUGUACACAAUGUCUGCCAGUGAACCAUCUACUUGCUAGAUUUUGUAAGUAAGAAGUCAUUUGGUGUUUUUGGGGGGCUUAAGUGUCAGAGUUGGAGUUUUUCCAGUCAUAAUCCCUUUAUGGUAGAACUUAAUCAGUCCAAAUCUUUAGUCAUUUUUCUUUGUUUUGUAGUGGUCUUUUGGCAAAGGCGCCAACAUACUGCUAAUAGUGCAACCAUAUCAUCAAAGUUUAUUUAGGUCAUUUUGGAAGAAGAUCAUUUGGAGUGGGCAAAAGCUUGUGUGCAGUGUGUGUCUGCAUGCAUUGCGACAAAAAACUUUGACUGUCACAAUUCUGAUUAUGGAAGCCCUGAGAAGCCUGAAUGGUGAUCCAUUGUACAUGUUUUUUAUUUGCUUGUUUUUUUCAGACUUAACUUCAACAUUACGGCAUAGAUCGCUAACAAUCAGUAUAUGUACGUUUGGUUUAGAGUGCAUGAAGAGAUUCAAACCCACCUGGAGGAAAACAUGAAUUCCAUAAAUCCUAUAGUGGUGCCUCUUGUGGUCAAAACGAGUAUUACAAAAACAAACUAUUUAGAAAAUUUGAUCAAAAUCAACUUUCAAAAAACGGUAAGACCAUCCUGGCAUUAUUUAGAUCAGACCCUUAAAAUGGAUCACCAGAUUGUUUUGUUUUUUCACUUCGCUUUUCCUUUAAUAAUUGGUUUAAGUCAAAAGCGACAAACAUGCUGUAGCCAACAGGUUGUGUUUAUCUACCUUUCUGUGUUGACUUUUGAGAGUAUAUCAAAAAUAGGAUAUUUUAAGAGAAUUUGAGUGUUUGAUGGAAAUAGUACACUUGAAGAAUGACAGUGGGUACAGUAUGUGCUAGUGGCAGUGGUAAUGUACAUAAAAAACAUGGUAGAUUAAAGUAUAUUAUACAAUACGGAAUAUAUGAAUGGAAGACAGGUGCAAUAUGGGUCGGGGGAGUCGGAACUGAUUUUAGUGCCUAUUAUUUUGGAGCUGAAUGAACUCAUAGUUUUUGCUGCUUGAAUGAGUCCUAAGUCCCGGGAAUGAGUUAGCAUUUUUGUGCUCCAGGUUCCCUCGUCUUUAAGUGGAUGUUUUUUUUGAAUAAGCUUAAAAGAAUAUAGAUGCUCUCACGUUUCUUAAAAGAAGGUGUUGCUAGCUAGCAGUUAAACAAACUCACACAAAAACAAAGGAACUCAUCUACUCAGUGCUUGGUGUAGUUUGUUUGUAGCUAAUGUUAGAUUUUGAUGCUUUUAAAAACAUACAGUGGUGUUCAUUUCCUACGUUUAGUUUACUGAACAGAACAUAUAAGUAUCAUACACUUGUGUUGUCCACAGAACUUGUUUUUAGGAAUAAACCAAAAGAAAUCUACAAUUGAAAAUACCAUUGACCUUACAUCGAAGGAACCAGCGAAUGCUAACUUUCGGAGGGUUUUCAAAAUGUACCUCAUCCCUGCAGCACACUUAGGAGGAGAAUUUAAUCACAGUGAGGGUAUAUGUGCAAUUUCUUUGCUUUAUUUGCCUCUCUUUGAGGGAUCAGCGUAUGCAGGUCAAAGGUUGUGCCUUGUGAGCAGUGUGACUGCUGAGGGGUCGAGACUGAGGACGAGGAAGGUCCACCAUAAAGGAACACACCAGAGUUUUUUCAAGUUGUAUCCCCUUCAGUACAAAUCACAAAUAGUUUCAGGUCUCUGCAGGGGAUUUUCAUGCUGUGUUGAAAUCAGCGAAUAUCUAGGGAAAAGGAAACUUCAAAUGUAUUGUUGGCUCAGAAAAUGUCUAGAAUGGAUGAACAGUAGAUGUGAUUUUCAGAUAAAAUAAACAGUCAGAAAAGUGUGACUUGCGAGAAAACGACUUAUUGAUAGAUGUCAUUGAUCUAACUGUACUCUUCUUUCACACCAAAUCAGGCAGUUAAGGGUACUGACAAACAAAAUAGCUAAUAAACAAUCCUAAAUAUAGUUGCAUUUGUUAUUCUAAAUAAUAAUAAUGCUCAUAUUUUUGGACGAAUGAAAUAGAUAAUCAUUUUGAAGAUUGACAAACUAAUAUAUCUUUUCCCAGAGUUCAGAAUGAGCCUUCCUUCUUCUAAAAGAUAUCACGUUAGAUUGCUAAUGUUGGCUGCUGUUAUAAAUAUGAUGCGUUGACCGAGGUUCUCCUUACUUACUUUCUCAAAUAUCAAUGAGAACAGCUUCUAUUUGUUUGUUGCUUAUCAUAUAUUGCCAAAGUAUUUCAAAAAAAGCUUAUAUUUUAUACUAUUUUGUGUUAUUACCUUGUGCCAGUAAUCUGCAAUGCCUUUGCAUAUGUAUCCUACACUGUUGUUAACGCUUUGGUACAAUCUUUUUGGGAUUUGCACAUGAAGCUCAUCACUCAGUUAUCAUUAUGAAGCUCUAAGCUGAAGUAUAGUGGGCCUUUAACCUGCAUGGACAAGCACAGUGCAUACCUACACUGAACUACCAAAGGCUUUAAUAGACGGAUAUCCAAAAGAAGCCAAUCAUGCUACUCAGAUUGUUCAUUCUUUAGCCUACGUGCAAUGAAAAACACAGUGUGUGCUAUUCAAACACUCUCUUGUCUUACAUUAUAUGGGCUUUCUUUUUUUAUCCUAAUUUGUUUACAGGGAAAUACCAUUGCUGUUGUUUACAGACAGGAUUCUGCCUGUACUGUAAAGUUGUGUAGUGUAUAUCUGUACUGAUAUAAUCUAUGUACUGUAGAUGUAAGACAGAGUAUUAUGUGGUCGAAACCUGAAAUAAA